CCCCCUCUGUAAGAAACCUUCAUUGAAUCAAAAUACAAUUAAUCCAAGAGAUUGCAGCUAGUAAUCAUGCAACAAGCAAGCGCACCACCAUCCGGCGCUAAUCCGAGCGCAAGCGCAGUUCCGGUAGCAUACGCUAAUCCCACUGUUGCGAUCAUCAGCCCUAAUUUCUGCACUCCCUACCCUGUUGAUCUUGGUAUUGUCCGAAAAGUUCUAACCAUAACCGAUGGCAACUUUGUAGUCACGGAUGUCAAUGGUAACACUGUUUUCAAAGUGAAAGGAGCGCACUUGAGCCUACGUGACCGUCGAGUUUUACUUGACGCUGCUGGCUACCCCAUUGUAACUUUCCGAAAGAAGUUGAGGUCGGUACAUGAAAGAUGGCAAGUUUUCAGGGGAGAUAGCACAGAAUCGAGUAACCUGGUAUUUAGUGUUAAGCAAUCUUCAAUGAUUCAGAUGAAGACCAAAUUGGAUGUGUUCUUAGCAAAUAACACAGGAGAGUAUGCACCUGACUUCCAGGUUAAAGGAAGUUGGUUUGAAAGAUCUUGUGUUAUACACGCUGGCAACUCCUCCACCAUUAUUGCCCAAAUGCAUAAGAAGCACACAGUUUCAAGCGUGUUGUUUGGGAAGGACAAUUUCAGUGUCACAGUAUAUCCCGGGGUUGACUACGCUUUCAUCGUUGCGCUUAUUGUCAUCCUUGAUGAGAUCAAUGCUGACUCUUGAACAUGAGUCCAUGAAUUAGAUUUGAUUCAAUAUUUCAUUCGUAUGAAUGUGCAUGCAUAAUUAAUUGGCUUGAUCUUUCAUAAUUAGUGUACAAUUGUACAAGUUAUAUUCCAAUAGAACUUCGGAGUUUGGGAUC